AUGGCAGGUGGGAUUUUGCUCGGCGAGCAAGAGCCCAAACCAACGACAACAUCUCUCAAAAACCAUGAUAAACUGUCUUCUCUGGUCUCUCAAGCUCGAAGCAUUGGCCUCUUCCUGCUGCCAAGCUUCAUAUCCCAAGGCCCAGCCCCAAAAGAAUGUCCCCAGGCGCGAUCGUCUUCCUCUCCAACAUUGUAUCUGGACGGACUUCGUGGACUCUUCUCCUUUCUCGUCUUCCUUCGCCACUUUCUCCUGCCAUGGGAAGAAGGCCUCGACACUGGUUUUGGUCAAAAUGGCAAUAUGGCAUUCAUCAAACUUCCCAUCAUUAGACUUGUCUAUGCUGGACCUACUGUACCCAUAUUCUUCAUCGUCUCGGGAUUUGUACUCGCCUACAAGCCACUGAAACUCAUCCACAAGAAAGACUACGACGCUCUUGGGCUGUACACCAUGUCUUCAGUGCUGCGUCGGCCAUUUCGACUGUUUUUGCCUCCUUUGGUCUCAACAUUCAUUGUAGCCACUACAGUGAGUGCGGGACUUUACACUGCUCCAUAUCAGGAUAUGCCGGGUUGGGUGCCCAGACAUCCCGAGCGCCUUGGAUCAUUAUGGGCACAGAUUGGGGACUGGAUACGAUUUGUGGUAGUCGACCUGACCCAUCCGUGGAGUUGGAAGUCCCCGAUGUCUGAAUAUGAUAGUCAUCUAUGGACGAUUCCAAUCCAGUUUCGCGCCUCCAUGAUUGUCUAUCUCACACUUCUCGCCUUAGCAAGAGCCCGUGUCUGGGUUCGAGGGACAACAAUCUUCUUCUUGUGUCUGUAUGCGCUGCAGCAAGGAAGAUGGGAAAUGUAUCUGUUCUUCGCUGGGGUAUUUCUCUCCGAGAGGAGCCUCAAGAGUCAUGAUAGUUCUGAAGCUCAACCCAGUGAUGGCGGCGAAUCUGCUACAAGUCGAAGUCCAUUACGGUCCUCACUUUGGCCAGGAAUCAUCCACAGAUUUUUGUUUCUUCUCGGACUAUACUUGAGCUCAUACCCCCGAGCCAGAAAUGCGGGAUUCUCUACACCCGGUUACUUAUUGCUAUCAUCACUGACAGAUCGAUACAUCUAUUGGCAAUCUUAUGGCGCGACCCUGAUCUGCUGGUCUUUGAGUAGAGAUAGAUUGCUCCAGAAACCUUUCACAUCACGCCCGCUUCGAUACUUGGCGAAGAUCUCAUUUACAUUGUAUCUAGUUCAUGGCCCUGUUUUGCAUCUCUUUGGGUAUUCUAUGGUACCUGCUUUCCAGGGCUUGACAGGCAGCUCUACUGAGUGGCAAUAUGAGUCAGGGCUACUGCUAGCCCUCGCAGUGUUGGCCCCUGUGGUUGUUUGGAUUGCAGACGUAUUUUGGAGAGCGGUAGAUAAGCCUUGUUCUGUCUUGGUUGUUCGUACUAUAGAGCCUUUCUUUAUCGACUAG